AUGCCGACUGGCACAGCAGGAGCCUUGUUGGCCAGGAUCAGCCAAGAGUCCAGGGAGCCAGACAAGUCUGUGGUGGUGCGGCAGGCAAGACGGGCAGACCUUGCCAGCAGGGACAGAGGAUGUUCCCCCGCACGGCUCACUGCUGCCUCCCUGCCGCGGUUAGAGAAGCCGAGCAGAGAGGGAGCUGCAGUACCAGUCCAAGCCGGGGGAGAGCACGCCAGUACUGUCCAUGAUUUGACAGUCCAUCGAGCAACUCCUGAGGACAUACUGCGUCGUCAUGAGUUACACAAGUCAAAAAACAAAGCACUGGUGCAUCUGGAACUGCAAGAGAAAGCACUGAGAAGAAAAUGGAAGAAGCAAAAACAAGUGGCUCCCGGUUCCUUGGAGAAAAGGAAAUUGACUCUGAUGCGUGAGAUUCUCUCUGAUCAGUACCAGUUGCAGGAUGUGCUGGAGCGAUCUGAUCAGGUUAUGGCUGUGGUAAAAGACUUGUUUGGGGAUGCUCCUCGCAGGCGAACAGGUUUUCCUAAUGUAACAAUGGCUCCUAACUGUGGCCUAGAAUCUUCUCAAGGACCCAUUGUACAAAAACAUGAUCCUCCUACUCAGCUUUCCAUCCUUAGUGAAUCUGUCAUGGAUUCCCAGGCUCUUAAUGAGGUGAAAGAAGAAACAUCAUCCAUCUGUCAAUCAGAAGAUGAACAGCACGACUCUCUGAAUUUCAAAUCCAGCAUCAACUCUGACAGGCUACUCCAGUUAUUGAGAGAGAAAAAUUCUUCAGUGGAUUCUCAGUUAUGGACUGAAAAGGAAAUGAGAAAAACUACCUUAUCACAGGAAGCAAAUGUACCUUUGACUCCGACGACUGCUUCUCCAUCAUUGGAACAUUCAGCCCUCAACGCUACUGGUGUAGUCAAGAGAAUUCAUUCAAGGCUUCUGAAUGAAGAGGGAGAAGAGACUGCAGAUUCUGCUUACACUGUGAGACAAGUGCUGAACCCAGACUCAAGGAAACAAAAGCAAAUUUCAGCAAAAGUGAAAAGGAAACAAAUUGCACAGAACUCUUCUGGACAGAGGACAGGUGAUUCUCAUGCUAAUUCAAUCCCCACUGGCCUUCCAAGGGACAGUAAAUCCACCCUGGAUGUUCUCAAUUGCAUGAUACACGAAGUAGAGCAUGAAUUGGAGGAAUAUGAGCAAUGCACAGGCCGUGAGGUUCAGAAAACUCAGAGAAAUGAAGGUCUCACUGGAUUUACCUUAUCACUGGUGAAUGCUCUCUGUCGCUUAAUGCGCUACCUCAAAGAGAGUGAAACGCAACUGCGUGAAAAAGAGAUGAUGAGGCAGCAACAUGAGGAGAUGCUGAAGGAACAUAGAGAACUGAUUGAUGCUUUGACCGCAGAAAUCCUUCUAGUGAGGGAAGAAAACAUUGCUGUACAGAAGAAGCUUCAGCAAUACAUGAUAGCAACAGAUGAACAGCUGACCUCUCUCGUGCAAGCAUUGAAAGGCCUCCCUUUAGGAGAAUCUAAAAGAGGACAAAGUCCAAAUCAUUUUGGAAUUGCAAGCAAAGGUUCAGCGAACAGCCAAGAGAAAAGUGCUUUGAGCUAUUUUGAGCCCAGGACUGGUGCGGGCAAUGGAGUAAAUAUGCUGAAAUUCCCACAUAAGGAAACGCCUGUCGAAUUUUUCCAGAGGCCAAGUGUCUCGGAUAGUGUGGGAGCAGGUAGAAGUUUGCCAACUCACAUCUUCCAGCCAGCUGUACUGUUGUCACCGCCCCGGCAGAAGAGCAGUCAGGAAUCGUCUCCCCUCCAGAAUGUCUUUAAGACCAUCUCUCAGUCCACUGAAAACACUGAACGAGAACCAUGCAAGGAAAGGACCUCACCUUCCUCCCUGGUAACUCAGAGCACAGCUGAGGAAAAAUGUCUCUUCUCUCAAAGGCAACCGAUUCCUCCUGCACACAAAGACUUGGAGAGUUCCCAAGACAAAGUCAGUCUGUCCUCCCCAAGUGAUUCUGGAAAAAACAGCGCAGCUGAAGAGGUCUCUCAGAGCAGUGAUCUGCUGGGACAGAUAGCUGAGCUAACACGGCAGAACUCUCUUAUUAAAGCUCAGCUGAGCAAAUUCAGAGACUGCUCUGAAGAAACAGGUGAUGGCCUACAUCAGCCAGAUGCGAUACAAAAUAUAUACCCUAGUCUAGAUACUUCACAGGGACAGACUCAUCUUGCAGUACCAAAGAGCUUGGAGGAACGAAUAGCAGAGCUGAAUCGUCAGAGCGCAGAAGCACGUGAUAAACUGUUGCAGCUGAUAGACCAGCAAAAAUUAGCUGCUGCCCAUGUGGUCUCUCCAAUGAUAUCUGCUAUUCCACCCCCAUCCUUAAAUUAUAUUGAAAAUGCAAAGAAGACAAUUGAAGUGUCUAUUCCGAUGGCAUCUGUUAUAGACAGCUCCAAAGAAGAUACUCCUUCCCCUGCCAGUGUGACCAGUAUAAGAAGAUCAGCAGGUUCCUCUAGCAAGCCUUGUUCACCCUUAAGUGCCACUUCAGAAAGCGUGAAAUUAAGUCCUGUCAGUCAAAGGCCAAAGGUGGAGAAGCAAAAAGAAGAGGGUUGGUUUGCAUUGUCAAUGCAUAUUAUGUGAAGGAAGCUGCACUCAAGUCCUAUUUUAUUUUUGAAAUUUUCUCAUGAACCACAAUCAGAUCACUGUAGUCCCCUGUCCAGAUGUACCAUGUAACUCUGAAGUGCCUUCGUGUGAAUGCCAUUAGUACAGAAAAAUCCAUACAGUUACUAUAUUUGUGCCAUGCAGAACACAAUAGAAGUCCUGGGAAUGGGUUUCUGAAUUGGGUAAUGUCACAGCAGUGUGUCCCUUUUUCACAAGACUGUAAACUGAGGCUGCUUUAGAGAUACAGAUGGGCCAAGUAUCUAUCUGAUAUCCAUAUUAGUUAUGCUGGAGAAAGGAUGGCCUAAGAAAGGUGUGUGAAAUUGAUAAUAUCGGAAACACGUAUUGGAACAAGAUGUGGGACUGAAAAGAACAAGAAAAACUGAGAUGAGGGAAUGUACAUACAUUCAAAAG